AGAAAUUAAAAACAGUGCAAAUGAAAUUAAAAAAUAUUUUACACAAUUUAAAUGAAAGUUUAUUUCUUAAAACACUUUUUGUCAUUGGGAAUAUAGAUUUAACUAACGCCAGUCCUCAAAUAUUUUUGCAACAAAAUAUUCAGUUAAUUUUAGGUAACUAAAAACAAGGACAAUAUAAAAAAACUAUUUGAACGCGAAACUUUUUUAUUAAGUACAUGGAUGGCUAAUUUCAAGGGAAAGGUGUGGAAAAAUAAGUGACUUUCCUUUAAAUAGAUAACAUUAAACAAUAAGGUUAAAAUUAAAAACGUCCUUUAGAGUAAAAAGUAAUAAAUAAAAUAAGAUCAAUCCAUAUCAUCAGUUAAAAUGAGUCGAAUGUUGCUACUGAUGACAAUAUGUUUUCUCUUUCACGUUAACAUAAUACAGAAAACAUAUGCUUCUUUUUCCGCUUCUUCGUCUUCAAUAUCAUCUUCGUCGACAUCAUAUAAAUAUCAAAUAAACUCAGCAUCUAGUGAGAACGACGAUGAUUAUCUCUCACAGAAAGAAAAUGUUUUGGAAAAAUCGUAUCACGGUCUAAUACGUGAAAAUGAAACAUCAGUGGAAAUCACGCCACUGAUUAAAGUGGACGAGGAGAAAAUUUGCAAUUUCCAUAUUAUUAAGAAACCAUAUCAUGAAAUACCAUUCCAAAUUGAAUUAAUAAACAAUUUGGGCAUUUUAAAGGCACGUCGCACUUUAAAUUGCGAGAAGCGCAAAAGCUAUCAUUUUGAAAUUGUAGCGGUAUUCUGCGAUGGCACUCAUUCGGCCGCUGCCAAUGUCCACAUCGCAGUUAUUGAUGUUAAUGAAUAUGCUCCCACAUUUUUGCAGCCGUCCUAUGUGUGCGAAGCCGACGAAGGUCGCUUAUAUAAGGAGAUCAUACGAGUUGAGGCCAUUGAUAAGGAUUGUACACCCCUGUAUGGUGAUGUGUGCAAAUAUGAAUUACUCAACAAAGAUCAACCAUUUACUAUAGACAACGAGGGUUCGAUCAAGAAUACCGAACCGUUGUCGCACAAAGUGUCUCACAACUAUAUACUAUCGGUGGUCGCUUACGAUUGCGCUAUGAAACAAUCAUCGCCCAUUAUGGUAAGCAUAAAAGUGCGGCGUGUUUGUGAAGCGAAAUUUUUGGGUAUUCCAGCGAGAAUCGAUUACACGACUUCAUCCACGGAAAGUUUAUCACUGUUUCCAAAUGCUCAUUUGGAAUUGUGUGACAUGUACUGUGACAGUCAAAAUCUAAAUAUACAUACAUCAAUUUCCCUUAAAACAAAACAUAUUUCAUUUGGUUGCGAUCGGGACAUAACAAACUGUUCUCAACAUUUGACAUUAGUGGACCUGUUGCCAAGAAAUGCAGAAUGGACUCGAGAUUUAUCGUACGAUGAGGGAUCUGAGCCUAUUUUCCAUUUCGAUGGAUCAUCGGGUGUAAUCAUACCAGAUAAAUUGAUUGCGCGUCAUGAUUUUUCGCAACGUCCUUUCAGUAUUAUAACCAUAUUUAGGCACUUUAGCGGUUUAAGCGGAGAUAAUAAGCAUGUGAAAGAACAUAUUGUUUGCAGUGCCGAUGACCAUAAAAUGAAUCGUCAUCAUAUGGCUCUAUUCGUUAGAAAUUGCCGUUUAAUACUUCUGUUACGAAAGAAUUUUAAUGAAGGAGAUUUGAAUAUAUUUAGCCCAGCCGAAUGGCGUUGGAAAAUACCUCAAGUUUGCGAUAAUGAAUGGCAUCAUUAUGUAUUAAAUGUCGAUCAAAAUUCAAAGGUAGAGCUGUAUGUUGAUGGUGUACUUUUUGAAAAUUCCCUAGAAGAUCGUCAUAAUAAUCCCGAAGUUAUAGAUGAUUGGCCUUUGCAUGCGGCCCAUGGCGUAAAUACAACUCUGGCCGUUGGUGCUUGCUAUCAGAGUAGCGAAAAUCGGUUAAAACAUGGAUUUAACGGUGACAUAUCGGAAAUAAAAAUUUCAUUGAACGCCGUGCUAACAAAUGAGGACGUUAAAUGCGGUACGAAUUGUGCGGAACAUUUGUUGCCACCUCCUGAGACCCUAUUGGAACCAGAGUCACAAGUCCAAACAAAUUCACAGUUGAAUGAAAUCUAUAUUGAAGGACAGAGCAAGAGCAAUGUAGAGCUUUUGCUGCAAAAAAUUCAAUAUAUAAACACAAAAGAAAAUCCCACAAUCGGACGUCGCAAUAUUGAGGUACGCAUCACAAUGAUGUGCAUCAAUCAAAGUGCUAUUCGCUUGCCCACAAUUGAAACCUUUAUCAUGGUGAAUGAACCAACCAGUCCUUUGGUGUUGGCAGCAAAUUCUACAGCAUUAUACGCUGCACAUGUGCAAAGACUUGACUCUUCUUACCCAAUUAGUAUGCAAAGCCCUUCAUCUCGCAGAAAUACCUCAGAAACGCCUACUACAACAUUUAUAACCCAAGCGAACGAAAAGUCUCAAGACUCAUUGGCUUACAAAGUCCACACCGAGUCCAGUGCUAAAUCCAAUAAAGGCGAAAAUUCCAAAAUAUUAAUAACUGGUAAUGAAAUACAUACAUAUGUAUUUAUGUACAUCAGAGUUGGGCGUUUGUAUAGAGAAAUAAUAUGCUGCCGAUAUUCCCACCGAAAAUGUUAUAUAUAGUUCAUUCUAAUAUAC